AUGGCUACUCAUAUUGCUGCAAAUGAUUCUUCUCCGAUUGUAGACGCUGAAAAGAUCAAGAAUGCAUGCAAAGGAUUGGGCACAGAUGAGGCAGCUCUUAUAUCCAUACUAGCUCAUCGAAAUGUGACUGAAAGGAAACUUGUGAGGGUGGCUUAUGAACAAAUUUAUCAUGAAGAUCUUAUCCAACAGCUCAAAUCUGAACUUUCAGGAAGCUUUCAGAGAGGUAUUUGCAAUUGGACGAUGGAUCCAGCUGAAAGAGAUGCUGCAUUUAUUAACGAAGCAUUGAAGAAGGAAACAUUGGAUUUCAAAGUGAUUGUUGAGAUUGCUUGCACUAGAACUUCAGAAGAGUUUUUGGCUGUGAAGCGUUCAUACCAAUUCCUGUAUAAGCAUUGCCUUGAAGAAGAUGUGGCCUCCAAAACAAAUGGUGAUGUUCGCAGAUUGUUGGUUGCAGUUGUAAGCACCUACAGGUAUGAAGGAGACGAGUUUGAUGAGAGUCUGGCUCAUUUAGAAGCAAACAUUCUCCAUCAAUUAAUUGAGAAUAAGGCUUUUAACGACGAUGAAAUCGUAAGAAUUUUAUGCACAAGAAGUAAGAAGCAGCUAUUUGCGACUUUUACUACCUUCAGAAACACUUAUGGCACGACAAUUACCAAGGGGUUAUCCUCUGAUUCAAGUGAUGAAUACAUGGUAACACUGCGCACUACCAUUCGUUGCAUUAAGAACCCCAGAAGAUACUUGGCAAAGGUGUUAUGCUACGCCUUGAAUGAUUUGGUAGCUGAAGAACAUGAACUGAGCCGUGUAAUCAUCACUCGAGCAGAGAAGGAUUUAAACGAAAUCAGUGACCUUUACUUCAAGAGAAAUGGUAUCACACUUCAGAAUUCCGUGGCUAAGAAGACAUCAGGAAAUUACAAGACUUUUCUUCUUGCUCUGUUAGGAAACAAUUGGGUUUAA